AUGCCAUCAUUUUCACCUUUUCAGUAUAAAUCACGAAAUGAGAACCAUCCUGCAGAGCGAUGGAUUUUAAAUCAAAAGAGCGCGAUAGACUUACGAGUGAUAAGCAGCUGGCCUGUAACCCUAAGCAGCCCACUCUCUAGCCAUGAGAUGAUCAUCUCACAGCUGGAGCUUGGGCUGCCUGUGCUGUCACUGGCUAUCAAUCAGGGCUUUGCCAAUAAACUUAUGUCCAUAACUUCGUUUUAUCCUGCAGUAUCCGCAUUUUUUGAAGCUCGAUGAGAUUGCCGAAAAGUGCCCAGUAUUUAGUAAAGGUGUUUGCCCAUAUGGAGGUCUGACUGAUAAGCUCAAAGACAUCACUGGAAACUGCCCCGCUUUCAAAGAUAGAUGCCCUUUCAAAAGCCUGAAGACCAUGGGUGAGUACUUGGACAAACUGGCCCAAAUGCGAGACAAAGGCAGUUGCAAAGGUCGCGCAGCAUUCCAAAAGUUGAUGAAAAGGGUGCUUGAGGUCUCCGAGGAGGCUGAGAGGAAAUCUGCACCGUGGUCCUUCCCUCCAAAUACCUGCCCAAUCUUCGCGCAUGAUACUCAUGGAAAGCGUAUUGUACCAAAGUACGAGUAAGCUUAAAUCUUAAAUAAUACUAUGAAGGGAAGCGUUGUUCGUUUCUACAACAACAAAUUCACGGAUGCAGCGUAACAUACAAAUGAAGUUCUUUUGUGUUUAUUUGUGACUUUCUUAACAAUAACAGAUGAGAAAACUUGGUAAAAGAAUGUCGAUUGUCGCGUUUGACAUGUCGGUAAAAGGUCAAAGCUCCAUUUUGUUGUUAGACACGAACAACGCAACAACGCUUCGCUUUGUUGUUGGCAACGAACAACGCUUUGAAUCGUUGCUCAAACAUAUUUCAAUUCCGACCAUACAAUCGAUUUCUGUGUAGUCAAAGUCUUCAUUUUUUUUUUAAAAAUAAUGAUAAUACUAAUAAAUCUUACAGUACUCGACAAUACACCGUGAUAUAAUACAUUACUUACAAUACUGCUUACUUGCACUGAUAACAAUACACAAUAUCACUUACGGCUAAUUACAUACAUUACUUACAGUAUUUACAAUACUGGUUACUUACACCACUGGCAAUUACAACACUUUUCUUACAUUAUUCACAUCUCUUUUUUUUUCCUAAAUUAUUUUUAUUAUUAUUUCGCAAUAAGACAUGAUAUGGACUUCUAGUUUUUUUGUUUUUUACCCUAUAUGUACAAGAUUACAUUUAUUUAAUGUAAAAUUGUUUAUAUUACUUGAUUGCUUAUAACUAAAUGAAAUACCAAUGCGAUAAAUUUAAUAAAACACGAAAAAAAAAAAGAACACACGAAGAGGUUUGUUGACAAUAUUUGUAUUUGACUACCUUGAAUUAAAUUCUCAAUUUUCCAUUGCAUUUUUAUCUUAUUUAUAAAUUUUAAAUUAUUGAGAUUUUUCUCAUUAAUUUUACAACUAUAUAUGUACCUUUUUGUUAGUAGGAUAAGCAAAUCCAGUUGGCGUCGGAGGUCAUCGCUAACAGCAGGAGGGGGGUAAUUCUGAAGUAA